CGUUUCGGUGAGUGAUUCAAUAAGCGCGCUAUCCGCUGAAAUGAAAAUUGGAAGACGUUGAUCAUUAUUGUGUGCUCGGAGUGUCGCAAAGUGACCUGACAGAAUUCAAAAGAAGUGGAAAUGAAACAGUUUAACAACCCAAUCACUCUGGCGAUUGUGUUGACCAGUGUCUUAGGUCGCCAUGUGAAGUGCAUUGCUAAUAGCAAAUCCAGCUCAACGAUCAGUACAAGCACCGAAGGAUACCAACAGUUGAAGGAUUUGAAAACAGACGGUACCAGCAGCUUCUGGAGUCCACACCCUGAAUAUUAUCACGAAAGAGACAGAUACAACCGGCCGGAUCGGACGGAUUUCGUCACAUCAUAUGGAGGUUACGAGAACAAAUAUGGUGGUGGUAUCGUUGGCACCGGUGGCACACAACUCUACGGGAAUAAGGAUCGGUUAGGAUACAAUUCCUUUAGCACUGGUAGUGGCGGCUCGUAUUACACUCCUGGUGGGGUGUUUGAUCGGAAGCAACCGCCUUAUGGCCCACCACAACCUGUAGAUUUUCCUCCGUACGGCCAUGAUUACGAAAAUAAUUACGACUAUAAUCCUCAUAUCUAUGGACAGAGUUUUGGCCACUCAUAUGGUGGUGGAAAGGAACUUACUAAAUCAGUCCUAAUUCCACUGGCCGGAGCUGCUUUGCUCGGCAUUGCAGCGGCACUAGUAGCGAAUCCAGUGCUGUUACAUUUGGGAGCAGCCGUAGGGAAACGACGGAAGCGCCGGGACGUCACAGCCAACGCACACGACAUUGUGUAUCGAGCAUGGUUGAUGAAACCGCCAACAUCGAAGGAGCCAGCAACGUGAAUAAAUUAUUUGACAAAGCAAAACUUAAAUAAAAAAUAAACGCGCUGGAACAUAGAUGAGUGGGUAAAUGAACAAAAUCUCGCAGCAACGAAUAACCAUUAAUACCUCGUUUCAAUGUAGGGAUUAAUUGUGUGUAUUUAUUUAGUGAUAGUUUUUUUUAAGUACGAAUAUGUAAUUUAAGUGAUCCCCUUCGUAAAUAAAA